UUGUUUGAUUGCGAAGUAAUUUUUGGCGGUAUUGCGCUGCCGUAUGCGCCCGAAUUGACGCGAGCCGACGACGCAUUGUUAUCGCGCAUCCUCGUUGCGCACUCUGCGCGUGCAUAGCGGCGUCACUCUCUAAACAUCUUUAUCCGCCAUUGCAUAAGUUUAGUGACUCCGUGACUGCGCUGGUGCUACGAGUCCCGAAUUUCGCGUUGUGCGCUUUGGAAGAUGCGUUUUUCUCCGGCGGCGUGCUGCUAAACUCUACACCCAGCGUUUAGAUUGCGGACGCGAGCAGGAUGAGCAAGCGCCGGCGGACGAGUUCGAUCGCCAGUCGCGGUCAGGAGGAUGACUCUCUGGAUAGCAUUGAAGCAACCACUUCUGUUGUGACCACAACAAGAAAACGCACGCGAAAACAACAAGAUCCCAUGGAAUUAGUUCAACAAGUGUAUGAUUCAAUUCGCAUUCAAAAAGAAGAUGGCACGUUGUUAUGCGACGCAUUUAUUCGCGUCCCGAAGCGGCGGCAGGAACCAGGGUAUUAUGAAGUCGUCACGAAUCCGAUUGACUUGUUGAAAGUGCAACAAAAACUCAAAACGGACGAGUACGAAGACAUUGAUGAUCUUCAGGCGGAUAUUGAACUGAUUGCGAAUAACGCCAAGGCGUUUUAUAAGAAAAGCUCGACGGAAUAUCGCGAUGCUGUCGAGUUAAUUGAGUUGUUUCUUGCGAAUAAAGCCAGAAUUUACGACAAAACCGAAGAUGACGACAAAAAAGUCUCUCUCCGCGUCAGCCGUUUACGAAAAACACCACGUGCGGACGUGGACGCCGCCUCCGAAGUCUCCUCCGAAUCCUCAACGAAUCCCGACGACGAAUACAAUCAAUACGAAGACUUAUUCACGGCGGUGAUGACCGCCACCGACGCCGAGAACAAUCCACUUCACACCGCCUUCCAACUGCUGCCAUCAAAACGCAAGUAUCCCGAGUAUUACGAAGUCAUCGAGUCGCCGAUUGACUUGAAAACAAUCGCGCAGAAAGUCCAAAACAGCGAGUACACACACCUCGGCGAGCUGGAGAAAGACCUGCUGCAGAUGACGAAGAAUGCAUGCGCGUUCAACGAACCCGGGUCGAAAAUCUACAAAGACGCCAAAGCUUUGAAGAAAAUUGUAGUGUUGAAGAAGUACGAUAUUGAACACAGCACACAAUCAGCGAGUCAUAAAACACCAAGUGGGAAAACCAGUGAGAGAAUACGCAAUCGACGCCUGAAAGGCACCAGUAGUCUAUCGGCGGUUACAGCGGCGUUGCGAGAUGAUGACUCGGAUGUUGACGGAGAAGCGGAGUCACAGGAACAGGAACACGAGGAAUCCGUGGAUGAGGAUGUGGAUUUCGACGUGGAGAGUCCAAUGUGGCAGUUGUUUGACACCGUGCGGAAUGUGAUGAAUACCACGGGUACUGCUGCGCUGUGUGAGCCUUUCUGGCGGUUACCCUCACGGCGAUUCUAUCCGGAUUACUAUAAGGAGAUUAAGAAUCCGGUGUCGUUGACGCAGAUCAAGCGAAAGCUGAAUAAUCAUUCGUAUGGGACGGUGAGUGAAGUCGCUGGGGAUUUGACGGUUAUGUUUGAGAAUGCGAAGAGGUACAAUGUGCCUACGUCCAAGUUAUAUCGAGAUUCUGUUAAGCUGCAGAAGUUGAUGCAGGCAAAGGUGCAAGAACUGCUUGAGAUUGAUCAGGAUACUGACUUUGAAGAUCCCGAAAUGCGGCGGAAAAGUCUUCCGAAGAAACUGCACACACCUCUGCGUGGCCGCCCUCCCAAAGACCCCAUCCCUCUGAAAAAGCGCCUGCACGCAAUGACGAAAUUCCUCCUUGAUUUUGUCGAAGACGGCCGCAAGCCGAUGCUGGCCUUCAUGCAGAAGCCCUCCAAGAAACUCUACCCGGACUACUACGACGUGAUCAGCGAGCCGAUUGAUUUCCUCGAGAUUGAGUCGAAGAUACGCGGAGAGCAGUACGCCAGCGAGGCGGAACUCAUUCGGGAUUUUAAGCUCAUGUUUGAGAACUGCAAGCAAUACAAUGAGGAGAACUCGCCGAUCUACGAGGAUGCGGCCAUGCUGCAGAAGGUUAUGAUGGAUAAAUUCGGGCAUGUCAUUACUCCGGAGCGGAGGACUUAUUCCAGAAUGUAUAAACCACGAAAAACCCUCACCCCGAUGCACAAACACUGCAAACGCCUCUACGAAACAAUCCGCGACUACCGCGAACCGAAAGCCCAGCGCCAACUAAUCUCAAUCUUCAUGAAACUCCCCUCAAAGAGCGACUACCCCGACUAUUACGACAUCAUCAAACACCCCAUCGACAUGGACAAAAUCGGGCAUAAACUACGCUCGAGAGAAUACGACACUCUGGACGAACUCGUCACCGAUUUCAACCUAAUGUUCGACAAUGCCUGCAAAUACAACGAGCCGGAUUCCCAAAUCUACAAAGACGCGCUAGUAUUACAACGGUUAUGCAACGCGACGAAGAUCCAACUCAAAGAGGACGACGACACCAUCCCCGACGUCCCAGCCGCCAUACAAGACCUCCUCUUGAGUCUAUUCACAUCCGUGUACAAUCAUCAAGACUUAGAAGAACGCUGCUACUCGGAUUCAAUGGCGGAUCUACCCGAACACGACGACAUCGACGGGAAAAAAGUCCGAGGCCUGUCCUUGGAUUUAAUCAAGCGGCGAUUGGAUAAAGGUCUGUACAAACGCCUGGAUACCUUCCAGGAGGAUAUUUUCGCGUGUCUGGAACGCGCGAGGCAAAUCUCACGCACAGAUUCGCAUGUUUUCGAGGAUUCCAUUGAGAUGCAGCGGUAUUUCAUCAAACUGCGCGAUGAAUUAUGUCGCAAUGGUGAAUUACUACACUCACCAGCGUUGCAAUACACCGUUGAGGAUCUCCUCACCUCUGCAGAAGUAUUACGACAGAGUAAGUUAGUUCAGGAGUCUUUGGACGAUGAAAAUGAAACGCGUAGCUCGGAUGAUUCUAUUAUAAAAGAGGCGGGGUUGUCUGCGGGUGAGUCAAUGACAUGUAACCAACAAACCUUCAAGGUUGGUGAGUUUGUUUACCUGGAUUCGAAGGAUAAAGGCGUCGAACCGCAUAUUUUGCUUAUUGAACGCCUGUGGACGAACCAGCAGGGUCAGCAGAUGUUGUAUGGGAGUCAUUAUUUGCGCCCGGCGGAGACGUAUCAUUUAUCAACGAAGAAGUUUCUUGAAAAAGAGGUUUUCAGAAGUGACACGCACGUUGCCGUGCCGCUGGAGGAGGUGAAGGAGCGUUGCUGUGUGCUGAAUCUACGACAGUAUUUAACGAUGAUUCCCGAGGGUUUCGACGAGAAAGAUGUGUAUGUGUGUGAGAGUCGAUAUGCGACCAAAGCGAGGAAUUUCAAGCGUAUGAAGACUUUUGCUGAAGCACCGAAUAUUAUUCUGACAGCGCGUGAUAAGCCACUGGAACCAAAACGAGUGAUUUCGGUGUUUAGGGAGCGCGUGGAGAAGCAUAAGGAUGAAUUAGCGGAGUUGCAGGAGAUUGAACGGUUGGUGGAGAAAGAAAAGCCGAAUAUUGUCGCGUUUAAUGUCGAGAUUGACGAUGGGAAUACUUAUUACGAGCAGUAUAAUACGAUAUGUUCAGGGACGGUGAAAACCGGUGAUUUUGUCUAUGUUGCGGCUGAUGGCGGACGGCAAACCAUCGCGCAGAUAGACACAAUAUGGGAAACAAAAGAUGGUAAAUCAUAUUUUCGUGGACCAUGGUUCAUCACACCGUCGGAAGUACCCAGCGGUGCAGUAUACAAACAGGAGCUGUUUUUAUCCACGUUGGAGGAGACGAAUCCGAUUGUGAGCAUUGUCGGACGAUGCGCAGUAUUAGAUUACAACGAUUAUAUUUCAAGUCGUUUGACUGAGAUACCCGAGAGUGAUGUCUUCAUCUGUCAGAGUCUCUACGAUGAGAUUAAUCGGCAAGUGCAGAAAUUGGGCAUUGACGGCGUGAAGAAGUACAGCCACACGCCGGGCGUCACCGAGGAUGAAAUCUACUACUAUCCGAAACUUAUUAAUCCGCUGCGGGUGGGCGCCGAUCAGAAAUCGUUGAACAUGAUGGAAGUGGAAUCUUCGCCGAUGCUCACCAAGCUCAACGACAUGGACAUCCUCAUGGAGGACUCCAUCGACGGCCCGCCCUCUGUGGGCUCCGGCGAGCAUCCAGUCGCCAUUUCUACUCCGUCGACGUCAACACCGGCCACUGCUAAGAAGCAAAAGAUUAAAUAUAAAUUAGUCUCCGGUUACAUUCUCUACUCGCGCGCGCAUCGCAAAGGCGUCGUGGCGAAUAAUCCCGAUUCGAACUUCGGGGAUAUCAGCCGUAUUGUCGGCAAUGAAUGGCGGUCGCUUUCCGCCAGCGAGAAGGCUCCAUGGGAGGAAAAAGCGACCAAGAUGAACGAGGAGAUUAAACUGCGCGGUGAAGCCGUCACUACAACUUCGGAGGAGACUUGCACAAGUCCUGCGCCUGUACAUCCCGAUCAGAUUUACGAAUGUUAUUGGGAUCAGUGCGAUUAUCAAUUUGAAGAGUUGAUUGAUUGUCUCGAGCACUGCAUCAAGGAGAAAGACGGCGUGGCUGGGCAUGUACAGUCGUAUUUCCAGCAGAAUCCCGACGCGGAGAUGCACUGCUUGUGGCGUGGCUGUCAACGCAUCAAGAACAAGAAAAACUCGCAGCCGUUCCCGAACGUGCAGCGUCUUGUACGUCACGUUAAGGAUUUACACAUUAACAAGGGUAAUGGACGUGUGGUUGCGCCAGAAAAUCGAAACAAGAAUUUCAUCGGAAAUCGUACGAUGCCAGUGCUGCAACCAGCCGUACCGCCGCCAUCGGAGAUCCUAGCUGCGGCUAGUAAGGCGUUUAUGGGGAAUAAUCAUGCUAACACAGCUGCAUCAUCUUCAGUGCCAACACCAGUGGCGCCCCCUACACCGGCUCCCAAACAAUUGGAGCCGUUGUUUAUCUCUGUUCCACCACGACCACAGCGUGCGCUACAUUCUGAAGCUUAUAUUAAGUAUAUAGAGGGAUUGCAUGCUGAAAACAAGUAUAUCUGCAAUUGGGAGCGUACUUUGAACGGUACGCAGGAAACAGCACCGGCUCCGGAUCCAGAGAAACUGAAUUCGGUCGCCACUUGGCUCGGCCCCAAGGCCAAUCAGCAGGAUAACGUUUUGAACGCGCUGUGGACGCUCAGGAAUCAACUGUUGCGCGAUACGCUCAGCCUGCAGAAGACGCUUUAAUUUAAUCCGCGUGUCCGUUAAAUGUUUGAUGUUAUUUGCUGGUAUUUUAGUUAAGUAUUCGAGUAUUUAGAUUUUUUAUAUGAUACUAGCUGAUCCUGACGAGCUGAAAUAUAGGAAUCUAUGUAAGUUAAAUUAAAUCUACUAUAAAGCGCGUCUGGCUAUAA